GAAGUACGUGCCACAUCAGAACCCACAUGACAGUAAAGCACGUGCGCAAUAAAAAGUGUUUUCACACGUUCAUUCUCUAUCAAACGAUUCUACUAGAACUCGGGGAAGCUACCACCAGCUACAGCUGGGACACCGUACAGAGAGCGACGAAUGGCCCGACUCACGCCCAUCGUACGCCGAGCUAAAUGCCCUCAGCUGCUGCCACUACUGCUGCGGCUGUUGCUGCCCCUCGCUAUGGGGUUUGCAUCCCCUCGUGUGUUAAUCACAGCCGCGUCAAGUGCCCAGACAACUGGAUCGCCACAACAGCCGUGCCGCCAAAGCCAUGUCCAUGGUGAACCACGCCGUGCGUCACACGGAGGCGACAGCGGGGUUGCAGCACCCAACAACCAUCUGGAGCAGGUGCAGAGACGGACAACGGUUUGGGCGGAUACAGCGGACUUGAGGAUAGUCGAACAACUUAACCAUGACUUGGGGUUGGUGGACGUCACGACGAACCCAUCCAUCGUUGCUGCGACCGCCCUGCAAGGCGCUGGUUCGGCAGGGAGCCUCCUGGUCCAGACGCCAAGCGCGUCUGGAGCAGCAUCAAAGUUGGAAGGCCACGAGCGUAUCGCUGUGGACAUAGGUCGGCGUCUUCUUCAGGUUGUUCCCGGAAGGGUGUGCACCCAGGUGGACAUUCGAUGUACCGAUGCCGAAAGCAUGGUCAAGAAGGCCCGCGGUUUGGUGAGCACGUACGCGGAGGCCGGCAUCCCCCGAGAGCGAGUAUUGAUUAAGACACCAGCUACCUGGGCUGGUAUUCGAGCGACGGAGAGGCUGGAACGUGAAGGUAUCAGGUGCUUGGUAACCCUUGUCUGUUCUCGGGUGCAAGGACAGGCGGCAGCGGAAGCCGGGGCUUCAAUAAUAGCAACAUAUGUGGGGCGCGUUUCUGACUGGCACAGGAAGGCGGCGACCGCGGAAACAAUCGGCGGCGCCCCCGCUCCGCCCGGCGCGGCAAACGCACCAGCCUUCUGCGCGAGUAAAGACCCCGGCGUAACGCUGACCACGGACCUCAAAGACUACUUUGUUGCUCACGGAUUGCCCACAGGCGUCAUGGGGGCAAGUUUCCGAAACGCCGAUCAGGUGGAAGCUCUGGCGGGGUGCGACCAUCUUACAAUAGCUCCACGAUUGAUCGCAGAAAUGGCGCGGCUUCCUCCGAGAGUCGGUACGGCUGGUGUGCCCACCAGCGGAAACAUGGCCCCAGAACAAGAAACGCGGAGGCCGAGCGAGCUGAUGAGCGAUCACCCGUCGAAACUGGACGAGCAAUCGUUUCUCGCCGCCCUGGGUCGAGACACGUGCGGCACGGAAGUGCUUCGGUCGAGCGUCGAAGGCUUCGCGAGCGACACGACGGCCCUGGAAGCCGCAGUCGCGGAGGCCGAGCAGUAGCUCUCAAAGAUUCCCGGCCGCAAUGAAACCGUAUUGUCUGUGAUCUGUCUAGAGACAAAUAUGUGGUACGCGCAUUUGACAUCGCCGUGCAUAUGGGAGGUGGUAUGAAGGUGGUGAGAAUAGUCCGCUAGGCUACGAAGACUUCGCAAUGGGUGGAACACGGAUGGCCUACAUCCACAAUAGACCCUUCUCCCAUGGGCGAUUUAUGUAUGUAUUUUUUUCGGCGUUUCACGGAUUUUUUUUCGGCAAAUUGUUUUGAUAAAAAAACAGGUUUUCGGCGACGUUCGGCGAUUCCAUACAAGGUAUGUUUUUCGGGUAGUCAUGUUUCAUUUUUCGUCGAUUUUCGUCGAUUUUUUUCGGCUGCUACCUUUCGCGAUAUACUCCAGCGACUCUAUCGAAGCGACUUUCGCGACUCCUAUUGUCCCACCUACCAGAGUAGGCUUCCAUACCGCUAAGAGGCGACGACAUCGCACCGCCGUUCAGCUGUGUGCAGCCGUGUACAGCUGUACAGCGUAAAGUGGAGAUACAGGGGGCACCGUGAACUAAAUCGGCGACAAGCGGCAACCUCUAGAAACGAUAUGGCGGAGGCCCCUUCAGAAUCGGCAUUUUUUGUUUCGGUUAUUUAUGGCUAUUUUUUUCCACCACUGUUUUUCGGCGAUAUUUUUCAGAAAUCGGCGUUUUCGGCGAUCGCCUACGGGGGAAGCGCUAACCCGCAUACACCCUUACCGGCAUACGCGAAACGGACGGGGUAGAACAUCUUUGGCCACCCAAGGCUCCGCCCCUACAACCUACAAAAGCUUUUUGUACAUACAUCAGCCGACCGAUGGCAAGAUCUUACUUCUUUCCCAGACGAGACGGCGGAAAUCGUCCCACCCAGUCCGUGAGCCUGGUGACGUAGACUGUUCAUCAUCAUUCAAGUCGAAAACGCAGAGCGUAGGGUUCUAUGUCCUGCACGCACCAGCCACCAGACCAAUAUUCUCAACAGGGGCUCGUAACCCUCGAGGUUGAGGCGCUGCGAAAAGGGGACACCGUUCGACGGCAUGCACCCCGGCCCGCAAUCAGCAGGAGUAGCGAGAGCACCACCACGGAGUAGGAGAGGGCGGUGCGAAAAAAAAAUCAACACCAAGGCACAUAUAAGGAGGCCUUACUCUGUUGUGGUCGACGUUGAGACAGUCUCUCGGUGCUUGGAAGCUCAGCCUAAAUGGACGCUUCCGUGUGGGUUAAAAAAUGUCCACCGUUCAAGUCAAAAAGAACUCGGGAAACACAGCACCCGAAAAUUCAAAGUGAACCAUAUAGCCCCGUCAUUGCUCCUCGUAAGGAUCUCUCUCUUGUGGCAUCGAGGGCUUCUGUGCUGGCGGCCGCUCCAGUGCGUCGGAUACAAGCUGGUAGGAUUUCGAGGAGGGCGCACAGGAGCAGCGAGGCGACGGCUCCCGAAUCAGCAAAGCGAAUUUUCUGCAAACUUAACGCGACCUACAGGCUACGACACCACCGGUAGGUGCGAGCAGGGUCCGAAUACCUAAACCUUCCUUUACGUAUGUAUGCGGAGAAGCGCCCGUUUUGAAGCUGUUCGGAGUCACGACAGGGUUCGAGUCUUUCCCAAAGCAAUUGUUGGUCCUUGUGAUCUGGAAAGGCUCUUCUCUUUGUGAUUACGAUGCACAGGUAGCCGAGUAAAGCCUAGUAUCGCAGAAGACAGGCCAUCUGCAGGCAAAACAUGCAUCCCGGCCCCACCUUUAGCGCCGCCUCCUCAUCCGUGUGGGGCACGUGUCCAGCUGCACGGCCGAAAAAUAAGUUGGACGUUAGACUGUGCACAUGCCGUGCGUGGGAGAAGCACAGUCACGGAGAGGGUUCGAACCAUUUAGGUGCAACAACUGCUGUCGAAAGCAUGUGGGUACGUUGGGUAGCUCAUAAUGAGGCUCCCUACAGAAGGGACCUGUGUGAAUCGUGUACGGUUGGUGUGGUU